AUUACGAAUGCAUGCCGCGAAAACGAAGACCUCACGCUACAAAUUAUAUGCUAUGUAGAUGUCAUACGGCCAUCUACAGCACCGCUUUCUACACUAUGCCGGCUGGAUAUGAUUCUCUUCGGGCCUCUUAAUCUCUUCGAGGAUGUAGGCAGCUUUUUCGAAGAAUACAACCUUUACCUUCAAGAUCCUGUCGGCUGCUCACAGAACGUCUUGUACCGAAACCCACACAAACUGUCGGCCGAGUCCGGGCCUGAUAUUUGGACUUUUACUCUUGACGAGGGUUUUGCAGCGCCCGUUAGCGUGGAGCAUGCGCAGACUCGUUUAGAUUCAAUCGAUAUACUGAACUCUCAGCAAGAUUGGGCCGAGACGAAACAGCCUGGUUCAAUUCGAACAAGGAUGCAAAGCCAUCAAUUACAAGCGUUGACAUUCAUGCUCCAGCGAGAGCAAGGCUGGGCUUGGGACGGAAGCAGAGCAGACAUAUGGGAGCUCUAUUCCGAGACUACUGGCUCUCAUUUCGUCAACAAAGUAUCGGAUUCGGUUCAAACAGAGACGCCACCGCAGUUUUACGGUGGUAUCAUUGCAGAUCCGAUGGGUUUGGGCAAAACAUUAUCUAUGAUGUCUUUAAUUGCCUCCGAUUUGCUCUUCGAUCCAAAUGACCCGAGCUCCCUUACUGGGGCUGCUGCUGAAGAUUCGACCGGGUGCACACUGAUUGUCGUACCGCCUCCUCCUAUUAGGCAUAUCUUCCCCAACAGCAUUCCCUAUCGCCGGCAUCACGGUAGUUCUCGCUUAGUGGCUGAAUCUGAUCUAACAGACACACUGGUCGUCCUGACUACCUAUCACACUGUGUCUUCCGACUGGAAAGUUGCAUCUGGCAAGCCGUCAUCACUCUUGUUCAGCACAAAGUGGCGAAGAAUCAUUCUGGAUGAAGCUCACUUCAUUCGAAACAGCAACUCAAAAAUGGCCCGCGCCGUAUGUGCCUUGGACUCAGUCUCUCGAUGGGCUGUAACGGGCACACCUAUACAGAACAGGCUCGGCGAUCUCACGGCCCUGCUCAAGUUCCUUCAAGUGUAUCCCUAUUCAGAUGAAGACAAGUUUAACACAGACAUCUCUCAACUAUGGAAGAUCGGCAAAGUAGAAGAAGCAGAGAAGCGCCUGAAACGACUUGCUAGCUGCAUCCUUUUGCGGCGCCCAAAGUCUACCAUCCAGCUGCCCCCAAGGCAUGACUUGCAGCAGUUUGUGGAAUUAUCUCCAGCAGAGAGAGAAUUAUACCAGACGAUAAAGAUGCAUACCAUGUCUCACAUGGAACAAGCUCUGUCUACAAGUGGCAAGCUUAAUGGAACACACUCAUAUGCCAAUAUGCUGCAGAGAAUCGAAGCAAUGCGCAUGAUUCGCAACCUUGGUGUGCAUUAUAAGAUGCGAUACGACCUUGAGAUGUUCAACGAACAAGUAUCGCAGGAAUGGAAUGAAGUGGCAGCUCAGCGGAUGUUCAACAUAUACCGUGGGAUUAACAGCAUCCAUUGUCGCCUUUGCCUUUGUCCCGCUGAUUCAACAGACGAUUCUUUUUACGAAGCGAGACAGUCUACUAUAUCGCUAUUCUCUCAGUGCCUGGAAUUCGUCUGCUCCUCGUGUGUAUCUGUACACACAAAUUCUAUCACUCUACCGUCUUGCUCUCAUGCAAACCCCUGCUCUAUUGCAUCUAUAUCAACCAAAAUUUUCGAGACUGAUGAUUCUUGUAACAUGACCUUUAACCACCUAUGGGCUGAGCUACCAACCAAGGUGUCCAUGUUAAUCAGUGACUUACAAAACCAGCCUUAUAAUACAAAAUGCCUUACACUAACCGAGGCUUCGAGAGCCUAUCUGAUGGAGCCUCACUGGAACCCAACGCUAGAAGACCAGGCGCUGGCUCGAAUUCACCGUAUCGGGCAAACUAAAGAAGUAACUACUGUUCGAUUCAUUGUACGAGAUUCCUUCGAGGAGAGAGUGGUGGAGCUACAGCAGUCCAAGGCUGAUCUCGCUUCCGUCAUAAAUCUCCAGAAUGAGAACAACGGAACUCGGCGACCACUAGAAGUAAGCAUCCCAACAUUCUAG